AUGCUACAUAGUUAUUUAAAGCAACAUUACACGAAUAUGUAUAAUAAUAAAAAAUUAGAACAUGAAAAAAAAAAUUAAAAAAUUAGAAAAUAACUUUUAAAACAAAACCAGAGAAUGCCCACUACACAGAAGCAACAUUAGACAAAAGGAGAAAGCAGUUAGACAAAGUAAUUUCCUCAGUUAUUGCCAACACAUUUCGACAGUCUUAGAUAUGGCUACAACAACUACAAAUCCAAAAAUAAGCUUGAAACUCCUCAUAGACACCAACUCCAACAAGGUUCUCUUCGCCGAGGCCGGAAAGGACUUUGUCGACCUCCUCUUUGGCCUCCUCCAGCUUCCUCUAGGUACCAUCUUGGCAAUUCUGACCAAACUCGACGACACGGCUGCUACAUAUGGGUCGUUGAGCAAAGUCUACCAGAGUGUCCAAAACCUAGACAAUGACUAUCUACAACCAAACCAGACCAAGGACGCCCUCUUGAGACCCAAGAUUGGUGCUUCUAACACUGCCCAAACCCCUCUGUUGAGGCAAUUUUUAGCAAUGGCAGACCCACCAAACCAGACCAAUGUCAUUCAUUCUUCAUUAUUUGGCAGUGCUCCAUCAUUUAGCAUUUCUCCAUCAUUUAGCAGUGCUUCAUCAUUUGGAUUUAGCAGUGCUCCAUCAUUUAGUAGUACUCCAUCAUUUAGCAGUGCUUCAUCAUUUGGAUUUUGCAGUGCUCCAUCAUUUAGUAGUACUCCAUCAUUUCCAUCAUUUGGAUUUAGCAGUGCUCCAUCAUUUAGCAGUUCUCCAUCAUUUAGCAGUGCUUCAUCAUUUGGAUUUAGCAGUGCUUCAUCAUUUGGAUUUAGCAGUGCUCCAUCAUUUAGUAGUACUCCAUCAUUUAGCAGUACUCCAUCAUUUGGAUUUAGCAGUGCUCCAUCAUUUAGCAGUGCUUCAGUUACUAGCAACGUGCAUGUGAAUAUGGUGCAAGGGUAUGUUAAAGGGGUGGUGACUUACAUGGUGAUGGAUGAUCUCAUGGUCAAACCUAUGUCCUCUAAUAUUGCUCUUCUCAAAAAUCUUAAGGUCAAGGACAUUACCUGCAUCCACGAGAAGACAGUGACGGUUGACAUGGACGAGGGUUUGAAGCUGCUUAUGAAGGCUUUCUCUAAGUCUACUACAGUCCUCACAGAUGUGUUCCUCCCAAUAAAGCCAACGUGAAGAAAGACUAGGAAUCCAGUCAACUUCAAGAAUACUUUAGCCCUUGAUUUAGGUUGCUAUUAUAAUUGAGAAAAAAAAAAUUUAGUAAUUUUAGGGUCAGUCCAUCUUAAUGAGUAUGGCAAGAGCCAUUUUUAGAUGUCAGUGCUUUGGGUGUGUAUGAUCUUUGUCGCUGGAUUGUGAAUGAAUUGUGUAUUUGAUCUAAAAACUCUUUCUUCCUAUUCUCCUU